AGUGGAGCAGCACCAGCGCCUCUCUCCUCCAGCUCCAAGCUUUAUGUCUGUGAGGGCUGCUCACCGCCGGCGGGGAUAUUUUACGGAUGCUCUUCACCUAAUGUGACAAAUUUCAUACAAGUGCUCGAAACACCAGCUGAAGCAAUGGGAGCCUUUGGAGUGAUAACAGGGAUUUUACAGUACGUGGGACUUUAUAUUCAACUUAACGCGGCUCUCAACGUCGGACACGGCGAGGUGGAUAAUCAUAUCUCUGGAAAUGCUCUCUUUACCGAGGUGCCACACAACAUCAUGACGCAGAGCGGUGAGGAUGUAGAGAUGGCUUGCUCCUUCCGAGGGGCGGGCUCUCCCUCCUACUCCCUGGAGAUCCAGUGGUGGUACAUCAAGGACCACAGAGACUGGCAAGAGAAGCCUGCGCAGAUCACUAGUAAUGUUGUACCCCUGGAGGAAUCUUCCAAAGACGCCACCAAGAUUAGUGUGGUAAAAGUGGCCGGCAGCAACAUCUCCCACAAGCUCCGUCUCUCCAGUGUCAAGCCGUCAGAUGAGGGCACGUACGAGUGUCGCGUCAUUGACUUGAGCGGCGCUGUGGCUCAGCAACACCGUGUUCGCGCCUACCUCCAGGUGGAGCCUGAGAGGAGUCAGGGGUGGGAUGACGUCAAGCAGCAGGAGCCAGGGCAGCAGUCACAGGGGGACCAGCCCCACCCCCACCACCAGACAGAGGGCCGGGAACUGAAGAGGAGAUCCGCUGGCAGCACCACUGACUGUAAUGAGAGCUGUGUGCUUUAAAGUGUCUGCAUGUUCUUGACUUAUCUCUACAGAGGGGCUGUCAUCAACACACACGUCACAACAGACUGGACCCGUUUGUUUGUCUAUCUUUAAUAUUGCUGUUGAAUGCCAAUAAAGGGCACGACUGUACAUUGUGUUCUUUCUGUUGCUUUGUUAUUUGUUUCUGUGCUUUUCCCGCUAUUGCAUUGGGUUUGUGUUAAUGUGACAGUAAGGCUGUAAUCACAGAGAACCUUUUUUGUUGUUUUGUCCGAGCAGGACUCUUUCAAUGGCGGAGCACACAGAUCUUCUCCUCACAAAGUUACAGUACAUGGCAGUGCAGUCAGAAUUAUCAUGGAUGCCAUAAAUAAUAAAAAGGUGACACAGACACAGACACAGAAAAGACCAUUUCAUUUGCAAUGUCCAAGUUCUGCUGUAUUUUGCUGCAGUAUUUCAAUGUAAAUGCUUUCUAAAAAAUAAAGAAUAAAUCUUAGAACUUUUUAAAAGUACAUUGAUUUAAUUAAUGUUAUCUUUGUUUAGACAGUAUCUGUAUUUAGCUUUUUAAACCAAGUAGAAUGUUUGUCAAAAUAAAAAUGUAUGCCUUCAUCACAUCAAGAUAAUAUAUUUAUUCUUAUGUAUAUUCACACUUGGCACCGUAGACUUUUACUGUUGUCAUUAAAAUAAAGUUUACUCCGUGCUACUUAACCAAAUAACUCAAGAAACACGAGUAUGUUCAAACUUUUGUUCUCAUUUUCUCAAACACAAUAUAACUUUUUGUCUAAACUUUUAUGGAGUUUGUCAUCUGAAUCACAUUCUCCUCUUGACUGUUUGUUGUAAGUGCUGCUGUUUGGUAUCUGUUCUGUUAAAUACAUUCAUAUGAAAUGAC